AUGUUAAAAACCACCAGACUGGUCCUGCAUGGUCGAAAUCAAUCUGUCUUGCACAUUCAUAAGAAAGCUGCAGCUCCAAGCACUUCUCAACAAACAAGAUGGCGUUCCUCACAGGGAAAGACCCGCAACAGACGUGGUGUCAACUUUGAUACCUUUGGGACAUGGGAUAAUAGGAUCAAUGCACCUAUUAUGAUACAGCAAAGCAUAAAGCAUGGAAAAAUCAUCCCAAAAGUAUCCAUAGAUGACGUCGGGCAUGCCUCGUUAACGGGAAGACGGAAAGUGAACGAAGACCGAAUAUGUAUCAAGGAAUUGACAGGACCGGAUCUUUUGUAUUUCGCUGUGUUUGAUGGACAUGCAGGUUCUUUAAUUGCAGAUUAUGCAUCUGUUUACCUGGAACAUUUUAUAAGAUUUUGGUUGGAUCAGGAGAAAGAUUUACAGAGUGUGCUGAAGCAUUCAUUCAUAGACUUUAAUAAUGUUUUAACAAGACACAUGCAUUUUGAGUAUGAAGAACCAGAGUUUUAUUUUAUGGGAUCUACUGCCACAGUGUGUUUACUGCGAGACGGCAUUGAGUUGGUGGUUGCUAGCGUUGGUGAUAGCCGUGCAAUACUGUGUCGCAAGGGUGUCGCUAAAAGAUUGACAAAAGACCAUGAACCAGAAGAUCCAGAUGAAGCUGAAAGAAUUAAAGCAAACAAAGGAUUUAUAAGUUGGAACAGUCUUGGUACGCCAUUAGUAAACGGUUCAUUGACAAUGACCAGAAGCUUUGGUGAUCUACCACUUAAGCGCUACGGUGUUAUCGCCGAACCAGAAACGACAUCUCUUGAGGUGCGGCAUAACCGAGACAGUUUCUUGGUGCUCUCAACUGAUGGUGUCAACUUUGUGAUGAACGAUCAAGAGCUAUGUGAAGCGGUAAACAGGGCACCCGAUCCAUCGGAAGCAGCACUUCGUGUGGCAGACCAAGCACUGCAGUACGGUAGUGAUGACAAUUGCACAGCGAUUGUUGUACCAUUUGGUCAGUGGGGGAAAUUUAAAAGCACAGCAAUGGGAUACUCAAGAAAUUUCUUCAGCAAUAGGUUUUAA